CUAAUUUUGCUUUGUUCAAUUACAAAAAAGUUAAUGCAUUUGUUGAUUUUUGAUUAGAUGAAUUCGAUGAUAUGGUUUUUUAAGUUAUAUUUAUUUGGACAAAAUAUUUGGAUUAGAAAACAAACUAUCUUUCGUUAUUAAACUUGUUGAAUUUUGGACAACAUCUUAAAUUGAAAACAUAAAAUCAGAACACAAAUUUUUGACAUACAUCUUAGAAAAGAAUUAAAGAAAUAACACCUAAAUCUUGAUCAUGUUUAUAGUUUGAACUUUUUUUUAGAUUACGCGCGUGUAGGUUUGUUUCUUUGAUCGUGAGGGGUCCAUCUCUAUUUCAAUUCCAAGAAGAUCUCCAGUUUUGAAGGAGACUGUGCAUCCUACCUUAAUCAAUUAAGGUAAGGCCUUUUGAUAUUCCGACCUUUAUCAAUCAUGUUUCCUGAUAGUGGCCAUGGAAAAGGGUCUGAAGCAUCCACCUCCACUGCUGGAUUGUCACAAAGUUGUUGUCAGUUUGAGUUUGAUGAAAUUCUAUUAGCAACAAACAAUUUUAAAGAGUCAUUAGUAGUUGGGAAAGGAGGUUUUGGGAAAGUAUACAAAGGCAAUAUUAGAAUUGAAACAACCCAUGUUGAUGUUGCAAUUAAAAGGUUGGAUUCGAUAUCAAAUCAAGAGGCGACAGAGUUCUGGGCGGAAGUUGAAAUGCUUUCCAAACUGCGUCAUGCUCAUUUGGUGUCUUUGAUUGGUUAUUGUAAUUAUGAAAAAGAAAUGAUCCUUGUGUAUGAGUACAUGCCUCACGGAACACUUGAAAAUCUUCUAUAUCAACUCCAUACUCCUCUUUCUUGGGUUGAACGACUCAAGAUUUGCAUAGGUGCAGCCCGUGGCUUAGACUACCUUCACACUGGCACAGGUAUUGAGGUUGGUGUUAUACAUAGAGAUGUCAAGAGCUCAAAUAUUUUGAUACAUGAAAGUUGGGCGGCAAAAAUUUCGGAUUUUGGGUUGGCUAGAAUAGGUCCAAUAAAUCAAGCAUCAACUUAUGUCAACACACUUGUUAAAGGCACUUUUGGUUAUAUUGAUCCAAACUACUUUGCCACGGGAAAGUUGACAAGGAAGUCUGAUGUGUACGCUUUUGGGGUGGUAUUGUUUGAAGUCUUGUGUCAAAAGAGACCAUCGGAUAGAAGUUUUGAAUGCGGCCUAGUAACAUGGAUACAAGAAUCAAUUAAAGAAGGGAACUUAAAGCAAAUAGUUUAUUCCGGUAUACGAGAUGAGAUAUCUCUAAAAUGUUUAAAAGGGUUUGCUCGGAUAGCUGAAAGAUGCUUCGAUUAUCAUCCAAAUCACCGUCCUACCAUGACCGAGGUUGUCUUUAGUCUUGAAUCUCUACUCGCUCAAUCUGUAUUGUUUUCGCAACAAAAAACCAAUAAUUGGUCGCUACCUCCACCCAAGAAGAUAUUUGGAAGAAUAUUUGAUGUGAUUCCGUUUAGCUCCCUUGAUAAAAGUUUAGGGACCACGAUCUUUAGUCUAUCAAUUACGGCAAAGGAGCUUACGUUUUUGGAGGAUGACAAUUUGUUUUUGGGUCUGGAAAAAGUGGGAAGAGGUGGUUGUGGAGAAGUAGUUAAAGCUCAUAUAAGGGGAGGAAUGAUUAAGACGAUCGCGAUAAAAAAGAUCAUACAACCUCCCAAAGACACAGCCCAGCUCAUGGAAGAAGACACGUAUUUACUCCACAAAAAAAUGCGACAAAUCCAAGCAGAAAUCAAAACAGUCGGUCUAAUCCGUCAUCGGAACAUAGUACCAUUACUUGCUCAUGUGUCUCGACCAAAUUGUCAUUAUCUCAUUUACAAGUUCAUGACAAACGGAAGCUUGCAAGACAUUUUGCAACAAGGUCGAGAUGGUGGAGAACUAGAUUGGCUUGCGAGAUACAAGAUUGCAAUUGGGGUUGCAACCGGGCUUGAGUAUCUCCACAUGAAUCACACGCCCCGUAUAGUCCACCGAGACUUAAAGCCUGCAAAUGUGCUCCUUGAUGAUGACAUGGAGGCCCGAAUUGCUGAUUUUGGGCUGGCAAAAUCAAUCCCAGACGCUGAAACACAUAUGACAAGUUCCAAUGUUGCGGGUGCAUUAGGAUACAUUGCGCCUGAGUAUCAUCAAACCAUGAAAUUUACGGAAAAAUGUGACAUCUAUAGUUUUGGGAUGAUACUAGGGGUGUUGGUCGUGGGAAAGCUUCCUUCUGACGAAUUUUUUCAACACACUUUAAAAGUAAGUCUCGUUAAAUGGAUGAGAAAGGUUAUGACAUCUGAUGACCCGAAAGAAGCAAUUGACCCGAGCCUUUUAGGAAAUGGGUAUCAAGAACAGAUGCUUCUUGUUCUUAAGAUUGCUUGUUUUUGUACGCUUGAUAAUCCAAAAGAGAGGCCAAAUAGUAAGGAUUGUAGGAUCAUGUUGUCUCAAAUCCAACAUUAAUAUGCACAAUAUUCAGAAAGCAAAUUUGUGAUCUAAUUUUACGGAUGUUAAUUUCAUGUUUGUAAUUGUAUCAUGUGUACUCAUAUUACAGACAAUAAUAUGUUUCAAGUGUUGCUAAA